AUGUUCCUCAAUGCUGCCACAGCCAAACCAAAGUACCGCAUUCCGCCGUCCAAGCGACGACUCCGGCUGCACCGGCAGAAGCUGCGCAACAUCCUGGCCUCCGGACUGGACAUCCAGUAUGGCAAGUCCGCAGAGUCGUUCCGGGACCUGCCUGAUGGACGGAUACAGGUGACGUUCAAGGAUAAGACAACAGCGGAGGGCACGCUGUUAGUCGGCGCGGAUGGAAACAACAGCGCCAUCCGCACACAGCUCUGUGCACAGCCGGCGCUGAACAAACUCCCCGUCAACCUCAUAGGCGUGGUGCGCCAUUUCACCCCGGACCAGGCCAAAGCCGUGCGCGCGAUCGACCCGCUCCUGUUCCAGGCCCUGCACCCCGACACCGGAAGCUACCUGUGGUUCAGCAUCCAGGAGUGCAUUCCCGAGUCGACGGGGGAGACGUCCUACAAGGCGCUCGUGAUUAUCAGCUGGCUUGUGCAUGACGAGACUAAGGACGCCAUUCCGCUGACGUCGCGCGAGCGCAUCCAGCUGAUGAAGGCUCGCGCGGAGGGCUUCGCGGAGCCGCUGCGCAGUAUUGUUAUGGAUAUUCCGGAUGAUGAGCUGGAUGCUACGCCGCUGCGGCUGAGCGACUACGUGCCGGAUGUUGAGAAUCGGUGGGAUAGUCUGGGUGGGAAGGUUACGCUGGCGGGAGAUGCGGCGCAUGCUAUGACUAUGUACCGCGGCGAGGGGGCCAACCAUGGGAUUUUGGAUGCGGCGCUACUGGUGGAUUCGAUCAAGAAGAUUGCGAGUGGGAAGGCCAGCCAGGCAGAGGCUGUGGAUAUGUAUGAGCGGGAGAUGUGUAUGCGGACGAAGGAUGCGGUGCUGAAGAGUCGGCGUGCGGCGCUGGAUGCUCAUGUUUGGGAGAAGGUCAACGAUGCGAGUCCGUGUAUUGGAGCGAGGAUUCCUCCUGCAACUGCAUAA